AUGGCUCCCAUCUUCAAGCCUCUUGCCCUUGCUGGCGCUCUCUUCGCUGCCCUCAGCUCUGCCGCCCCCGUCAACAGAAACAUGAACCUUGACAAGCGCGAGGAUGUCGUGGUGUGGGAGACCGUGACCACUGUCGUCUGGACCACCGUGGAUGUUACCACCACCGUCUACCCUACCCAGCCAGCCGCCGUUCCCACUACAACCAUCUCUGUGACCAGCGUCGAAGCCGUCCCGACCCCCGCCCCUGUCGCCGAGGAGCCCGAGUCUGUCCCUGUCCCGACCCCGGAGGAGUCCCAAUCGACUCAGCCCGUUCCUACCACCGCUCCUACCACUGCUCCCACCACUGCUCCCACCACUGCUCCUACCACUACUCCCAUUGCCGCUGCUGUCGUCCAGCCCGAGCCUGUGAAGCCUACUGUUGAGGCGCCCGCUCCUAAGCCCACUCCCCAGGCCCCUGCUCCGGUUCCUGAGCCACCCGUUCAGGCCCCUGCACCCGCUGCUCCUUCCAGCUCCACCAGCCAGGCUCCUCAGCCCACUCAGCAAUCCUCCCGAAGCUCCGAUGCCGGUGCCUCGAGCAGUGGAUACAGCGGCGCCUGCUCCAAGGGCUCUCCCUGCGUUGGCCAGGUCACCUACUACGACACUGCCACCUCGGCCAGCGCCCCCAGCAGCUGCGGCAUGACCAACGACGGCUUCAGCGAGAACGUCCUCGCUUUGCCCGUGGGCAUCAUGACCGACGCGGACUGCGGCAAGACCGUGACCGUCACCUACAAGGGCAUCACCGUGACCGGUACCGUGGUCGACAAGUGCAUGGGCUGCGACAACACCUCGAUCGAUCUGUCCCGACACUUCUUCGGUGACCUGGCCGACUUCGGCGAGGGUCGUCUCCACGGCGUUUCGUGGUACAUCAACUAA